AUGAAGCUCUCGCGCGCAUACUCGAGCCUCAAUGGCUCCAUACCGGGGUCCAAGGUCAAGUACGUGCCCACGUCCGGGACCUACCCGCAGGGCUUCGCCGCGGCGGGCAUCUUCGUCGGCGUCAAGCCCGGCAACACGAGCAAGCCCGACCUCGCCAUCGUCACGUCGGACCGCCCCUGCGCCGCCGCCGCCGUCUUCACCAAGAACAAGUUCCAGGCCGCGCCCGUGACCUUCAGCCGCAAGGUGCUCCAGGGCAGGCGGAACGCGGGCCUGCGCAGCGUCGUCGUCAACUCGGGCUGCGCGAACGCCGUCACCGGCAUCGGAGGCCUGGAGGAUGCGGCGCGCAUGGCCAAGACGCUGGACCAGCGCGUCGGCGCGCCCGACUCGACUAUUGUCAUGAGCACGGGCGUCAUCGGCCAGAGGCUCCCCAUACAAAAGAUCGUCGACCACAUCCCGCCGGCGUACCACAAGGCCGGCGACUCGCACCGCCACUGGCUCGACUGCGCCAAGGCCAUCUGCACCACCGACACCUUCCCCAAGCUCAUGUCGCGGGCCUUUGAGCUGCCCUCGUCGCCCGGCAUCGAGUACCGCAUCGCCGGCAUGACCAAGGGCGCCGGCAUGCUGGCCCCCAACAUGGCCACCCUGCUCACCAUCCUGGCCACCGACGCCCCCGUCGCCCCGGGCAUCAUGACCACCGUCCUCCGCCACGCCGUCGACCGCUCCUUCAACUCCAUCACCGUCGACGGCGACACCUCCACAAACGACACCGUCGCCCUGCUGGCCAACGGCGCCGCCGGCGGCAACGAGGUCGCCUCGGAGCAGUCCCCCGACUACGCCGCCUUCCGCGACGUCCUCACCGACUUCGCCACCGACCUGGCCAAGUACAUUGUGCGCGACGGCGAGGGCGCCACCAAGUUCGUCACCAUCCGCGUCGUCGACGCCGCCUCCGAGGAGUCGGCCCGCGCCAUCGCCCGUUCCAUCGCCCUCUCGCCCCUCGUCAAGACGGCUCUCUACGGCAAGGACGCCAACUGGGGCCGCAUCCUCUGCGCCGCCGGCUACUCCCUCAUCUCGGCCCCGGGUCAACCCCCAAACGAAGUCCCCGAGAUCGUCCCCGAGCGCACAAACGUCUCCUUCGUCCCCACCGACGGCUCCGCCGAGCUGAAGCUGCUCGUCAACGGCGAACCCGAGCUUGUCAACGAGGAGCGCGCGAGCGAGAUCCUCGAGGCAGAGGACCUCGAGAUCCUCGUCAAGCUGGGCACAGGCGACAAGAGCACCGUCCAUUACACGUGCGACUUUAGCCACGAUUAUGUCACCAUCAACGGAGACUACAGGACAUGA